AUGAUAUUUGUGCCAAAUAUCAAAAGUCUUGAGCUUGGAGAGAAAUUCUCUCGAAGGAGAGAUCCCUCGGGAAUUGGUGAUCUUCGCUACCUGACAUUUUUAGACUUGCAAGAUAACCGGCUUACUGGCUCUAUACCAACACCAAUCUUCAAUAUUACAACGAUGCAAAAUAUUGGUCUUGCCGGCAACAAUCUUGCUGGAGAAGUACUAGUGGAGUUAGGUAAUCUUAAGAACCUACAGGUGCUGAUAUUACCCCAGAAUGAGUUUACUGGUUUGGUCCCUGCAAGCAUUUUCAAUACGUCAGCACUGAAGGUCCUAGCACAAGCUUUGAGGAAAUAG